CCGGUUUCCACACACCCUGCACACCGCCUACAUGAAGCAGCGCUGGUGUUGUUUCGCAUGUUAAAGAUGUUGCGUCGCGUCACCUCCAGCAGGAGAUCCCAUCCUUCUCAGCGGUAGUAGGGCGACCCUCGGCGCCGUUUCAGGAGGACCAGACGCCGGAUAACCUAACCGUGCGCAAAAAGCCGCCACCAUGGAUCUCUCCUUCAUGGCAGCUCAGAUUCCAGUGAUGACAGGCGCCUUCAUGGACUCAUCUCCAAAUGAUGACUACAGCACCGACCACUCUCUAUUCAACUCGUCUGCCAGCGUCCAUGCUGCCUCCAUGGCAGCUCAUGGCCAACCUGAGGAGCCCCAGUCCAUGUCCGGGGACGCCAUUUGGCUCUGGAUCGCUAUCACUGCCACCAUUGGGAACAUAGUAGUUGUGGGUGUAGUGUAUGCCUUCACAUUCUGAAAGGAACUGCUGAGCUAAGAUGUUUCAGCGACAGUGGGAUGAAGUUUCUGACUAGCAGUGGCGAGCUGUGUGUGUGGGCUACUCUCUAUCGAGUGGCUGACUCAUCAAAUGGAAUUUUGUCACCGGAUACAUCAGCAACAUUAACUAGCAGUCAUUAGUGCUCCAGUCAUAAUGAACCUUUACCAGUGAAGUGCGGAAGAGUGGACAUAGAGGUGGUAAUAGCGGACAUGUAAAAUGUCUUCUUUCUUUUUGUCCUACAUACUGUAUCCUUGCAGUAUAUUGAUGUGAUCCGUGCUGACAUUAUCUCGUUCUUUCUUCCAUUUCUUAAAAUGAUAUUUCAGAAAAUUAAUUUCUUGAUUAGUAAUGUAAAAUACAGUGUAUGCACCAUUAUAUAAAAAAGUGAUGUUAUGGAGCCAAUAUUGUCGCCAUAUUUCUUAUGUGGAGAGCAGUGAACCUGGGAUGUGUUUGCAAUGUUCAAGGUGUGCUUUGCAACAUGAGAACGUUUCAUUUUUGACACGUUUCACUGUUCAGAAAAAACACCAAAGUUAUGACCGUGCAUCAAAAGGUGAAAAUAAUUUGUGAAAAAAAAACAUUUGUUAAACUCACAAAUUUCUCUAUCUCAGUCAAUCUGUGUGUACUCAGAAUUUUAUGUUAUAGUACUCAGCCAUGAUCAGUCCUUACUCCUUACAUUUUGUUCAUAAAUCCAAUCUUAUCUUCAAGGAAGGGUCCGGAGCGCAUCAAAGUUGAGUGCAGCAUAGGUUUUAUUCUCAUCACAGAAAAUACAACCGAUUUUCGUUCAUGAAAGAAAGUGUUUUUUUUUUUUAGCUCAAAACAUCUUUUAUAAUGGUGUAAUCGCAACAUUGGUACCACUCAUUUUUAUUCCCCUUCAAUAAAAUAAUAGUAUCAAAAUCACAUGAUUCUCUAGUAUCCAAUCAAAUUAUUUGGGCUGGGUUUUCUAAUCCUGCUAACAUGGCAUAUAUCAAAAAUCCACCCUCAAGACUGUUGGCUGUGAGAUCACUAUAAACUAAUAAUCUACUGCUAAUAACCCCAACCUAAUAUGCUACAAAAAACAUGCAAUUGUAUAUUAAAAAAAACAAACAAAAAAAACAUGUAAUUAUAUAUUGUAUAAUAUAUCAUGACAGAAAUGAAAAGGAUUUUAACCAAGUACUACCACAAACAUAUAACAAAGCCUAUAAAAUAUUACACUACAACAGCUUGUACAGUUUCGGUGGAUAAGCUUCCACAUAUGUCUGAUAGUAAAGUCUUGUCUUGCCGGUCCUGUGAACUUCACCUCAGAGAGAGAGAGAGAGAGAGAGAGAGAGAGAGAGAGAGAG